AGAAAAGUGGGACGGGAGGCUCUCUGGAGGCCUACUAGAGAAAGUUGUGUCCGAGAUCUGUCCCAUUUCCGGCUCUCCACUCACUGAAGAUUUUGGUCGAGGAAUGAUAAAGAAGUGAUGGGAAGGAAAGGGAAUUGGUUUUCUAGUGUGAAGAAAGCACUCAGCCCUGACUCCAAGGAGAAGAAAGAUCAGAGGUCGAGUAAAUCCAAGAAGAAAUGGUUUGCCAAGCAGAACCUGGAUGCCGGUUCAGCUCCAGUGGCGAAUGGGGCAGCAGAAGCCCCACUUCCCCCACUUCCUCCUCAACCAGAUGAGGAGGUGAAAGUACUAGAGACCACAAUUGAAGUGAACAAUCAUGGCUACACUUUGCCAGUUGCUGCUGCUGAGCCACCUGAGCCUGCAACUCCUGUUGUUGUUCAAACAACCACUAUGGAAGUGGUUCGAAAAGCUAAUAAAUUUGCUGGGAAAUCAAAGGAGGAAGCAGCAGCAAUCAGGAUUCAAACUGCAUUUCGUGGGUAUCUGGCUAGGAGAGCACUUAGGGCUUUAAGAGGAUUGGUGAGGCUGAAAAUGCUGAUGGGAGGUCCCACUGUAAAGAGGCAAGCUGUCCACACGCUCAAGUGCAUGCAAACCCUAGCUCGAGUACAGACUCAAAUCCAUACCAGGAGAGUCAGAAUGUCUGAAGAAAACCAGGCUCUCCAGAGACAACUUUUGCAGAAACACGCCAGAGAGCUCGAGAGCUUGCGGAUGAAAGAGGGAUGGGACGAUAGCGUGCAGUCAAAGGAGCAGGUAGAGAGCAACAUGCUAAGCAAGUACGAGGCAACCAUGAGAAGGGAAAGAGCCCUGGCUUAUGCAUUCUCUCAUCAGCAAACCUUGAAGAACCCUACUAGACCAGCUGCAGGCAUGUUCAUGACACCUGGCAAUCCUUCCUGGGGCUGGAGCUGGUUGGAAAGAUGGAUGUCAGCUCAUCCUUGGGAAACAAGGAACACUACUACUGAUAAAGAUCCCAACAAUGAUCAAGCUUCUGUAAAGAGUGGAAACAACCGAAGCUUGGUUGGUGGAGAAAUCAGCAAAGCUUAUGCCCGUUAUCAGCUCAACUCUGAUAAACUCUCCCCUGGAGAUCAUCAAAUGAGUACAAAUUCCCCUUCAGCUACAUCAAAGCCAGUUUCUUCGGUUGCGAGAAAACUCAAGUCGGCGAGUCCCAGGAGCAGCAUUGGUGGCCCAGAUGAAGACACCAGAAGCAUGGUUAGUUUCCAGUCUAACAGAAGGCACAGCAUUGCAGGAUCAUCUGUGAGGGACGAUGAAAGCUUGGCCUCACUUCCAAGCUAUAUGGUGCCCACACAGUCUGCAAAAGCUAAGUCCAGGCUCCAGAGUCCAUUAGGGCUAGGAGGAGCAGAGAGGAAUGGGACUACACCUCCAGAAAAGGAGAAAGGAGCCUUGGCAUCUGCAAAGAAGAGGCUUGCUUACCCGCCUUCGUCGCCUGCCAGGCCUAGGCGCCAUUCUGGUCCUCCCAAGGUGGAUACCAGCUUGAUUAAGGCUGGAAAUGGGGUGGUGGCAAAUGGAGGAGACAUGUAGCCGCCAUCCAGAGUUUGAUUUGAAAGAUGACAAGGUAGUGGAGUUGAUCUUCUCGCUAUCUCUUGAAGAAGUGGAAGGAAGUAGGAAAUGAAAAAUAAGUGUUUGAAGUUUCAUACUACUAUUUUGUUCCUUUUUCUUAAUGGGUUGUUUCUCAAAAUCUUUCUGUGGUUUCUUUCAGUGUUGAAAGUGGUUGUUAUUAUUCAUUCAUUUGCAUCUGCAGGAGAUGACAUGAUGUGGUUCACUUCAUUUGUUGGGGGUUGGCGGGGCGUGGGG